AUGGUUAUUAAGCUUAAAGAAACUUAUAAUAUUUUGGUGCGCCAGAGAGAUAGAUAUCCCGAGAUCUCGGCAGGCGCAAAGAAAAGAGCUGAGAACAGUCCUACUUUUAUUAACAUGGAUCCAUCUGUACACGGUCACCAGAGGUCCUUCAAGCCUGAGUAUAUUAAGAGCUGUGAAGGAUUCAAUAAACACACCGUCCGAAGAUACUUGGAAAGGCUUAUUAAAACCAAAGCAGACCAGCAAAGCGUAGACCGGAUUAUUUAUAAUCUUCUUGGUAUUCCGGAUAAGGACUUUAUAUAUCUCACCAACUGCAAUGCCACUUAAACCAAUAGCGGUAAUACUGCGGGUGCGGCGCAAUCUGCCAACGAGAAAUAUCUUAAAUACUUUGAUCAUCUCCUGGAUGAAAGGAUUGCCAACCCAGGCGAUAAUAUAAUAAGCUCCCUGGCCAAAGAGCAGCUUCAACAAGGCAACUUAGAGAGAUAA